AUGGCGCCCAGGAUGCCAGCCCGCUGGGCAGCCGCCCUCCCGACACACCUGCUGUCGCCCUGCACCACCGGCCUCAUCUCGACGACGGCGGCAUCCUCGAGAAUCCUCAUUACUCAAAGCGGCAGCGCGCUAUUGCCCCGGACCGCCCGGCGAGGCGUCAAGUACGGCUGGUCGACGCGGCCAAAGCAGGACAAGCCAACGCGAUUCAACCAGGUCUCGUCGGGCCUGCCGGCGCCCACGGCGGGACCCGCCGCGGCGCUGGAGCGCAAGAGAGCCACGACGCCGCUGCGCACGGGUGUGCUGGCCGUCAAAAAGGGCGUCUCGGCCAUGUACGUGGCCGGCCGCCGCAUCCCUUGCACCGUUCUGCAGAUGGACCAGGUCGAGGUUGUCGCCAACAAGACCCGCGCCAGCAACGGCUACUGGGCCGUCCAGCUCGGCUCCGGCCUCAAGCGGCCCGGCAACGAGACUGCCCCCAUGCUGGGAUACUACGAGGCCAAGGGUCUGGCGCCCAAGCGCCACCUCGCCGAGUUCAAGGUCCGCGACCGCGACGGCCUGCUGCCCGUCGGUGUGCAGCUGCAGCCCGACUGGUUCAAGCUUGGACAGUUUGUCGACGCCCGGAGCAACUCGAGGGGUAUGGGUUUCGCCGGUGGUAUGAAGAGGCACGGUUUCGCCGGUCAGGAGGCUUCGCACGGUAACUCCAAGAACCACAGAACAAUCGGUACGACGGGUCCGAGUCAGGGCGGUGGUUCCCGUGUGCACCCGGGCAAGAAGAUGCCGGGUCGCAUGGGUGGCGAGCGGGUAACGAUGCAGAACCUCAAGGUGUUGAAGGUGGACAAUGAGAUGGGCGUCGUGGUAAUCAAGGGUCACGUAGCCGGCCCCAAGGGCUGCCUCGUCCAGUUGUCAGACGCUAUCAAGAAGGACCCUCCAGUGCAGUCUUUCAUCGACAAGGUUAGAAGGAUAACACUCGAGAGAAACCCGGAAGCGGAGCAAAAGUUGGAAGAGGCAAGGCUAAGGCAUCUGGAUCUCAAGCAGAUGCGAAAGGAGGGCACUAUUGCUGGUGCUGUAUUGAUGGGCUAA